AUGGCUUGUGUGGUAACUCAAGGGGCUUCGAAAGCAACUCCAACGAAGUCUAACCGAAAACAUAUUUUACCUGGUAAGUCCAAACGUAACGAUGAAAUCGAAUGUGAAGCAGUUAAAAAGAUCAAAACAACCCAAGACCCAUCUACAUCCGCUUCUUCCAUCAGUUUUAGAGAUGGAGCCAUGAUUGAGUGGGUGGUUGGCAAUGUAAACGUUACACAGAAGUUUUGUAAAUAUCAGCAACGUUUUAUUGACAAGGCAAUGAAUUAUGGAUUAAAGUGGAACGAUUCAUAUGAAUUAGUAAUUGAUAGGGCUUCGAUUCCAUUAAUAGAAUCAGAUUUUUGCCACUUCGUAGCGUUAGAGGGGCGAAUAAAUAAACUUGCCGAGGAUUUUAAAAGACGCAAUAAACCAUUCAUGCCACCUCUACAAAUGAAAUUUGACUGA